AUGUCGAUGAAGACACCCCAAGGGAUGAAGAAAGGUGUGCUCACAAACGUGUGGCACAUCCCAAAGUUAUCCAGAAACCUGUUCUCGGUCGGCCGCUUCACCAAGGAUGUCGGCCCAGUGACGUUCACGAAGGAUGGGUGCUAUGGAGAAGCGAAAGGGACCAAGUGGAAAAUUGGUGCCCGUGAAGGUAAAGGACUGUUCAAGCUGCAAAUGACUCCAGUGGCGCCGGAACAAGCAAAUGCAGCCAAGUCGUCGGGAUGUCAAGGGGGCACCAAGUCGUACCUCUGGCACCUUCGGCUUGGCCACAUAGGUCACGAUGGACUCAAUUGCAUCGUGACGAAGAACAUUGGAAUUGGCAUCGACAUAUCUUCGGUGAAGAAGUGGGACGUGUGUGAAGGUUGUGCUCUGGGAAAACAGACUCGAGUGCGCUUCCAAUCAAACACUACAGCUCGCACCUCCAAACUCCUCGAAGUGAUUCACAGCGACGUAUGCGGACCGAUGUCGAUGGCAACUUUCAGUGGAAAACGGUACUUCGUGACAUUCAUUGAUGACAAGUCAAGAUACUGUGUCGUCUAUCUGCUCAAGAGCAAAUCUGAAGUUGCGGCGAAGUUCAUGGAAUACGCUGCGAUGGCCGAAACGCAAACCGGAAAGCGCGUGAAGUACCUUCAAAGCGACAAUGGGGGUGAAUACAAGUCCGACAAGCUGGCACGAUUCUGCGCGGAACGGGGAAUACAACAAAGGUUCACACCCCCAUAUACUCCUCAGCUAAACGGAGUAGCUGAGAGAAUGAAUCGCACGCUGGUCGAGUGUGCGCGUUGCAUGAUGGAACACGCUGGACUGGGAAAGAGCUACUGGGGUGAAGCAGUGAUGACAGCGAUGUUUCUUCGAAACCGCUGUCCAACACGUGCCAUUCACCAAGACAAGUCUCCAUAUCAAGUGUGGACGAUGAAGAAACCGAUUCUGGCCAACCUUAAAGUGUUUGGAUGCCACGCGUAUGUUCAAGUGCCUCAAGACAAACGCGCGAAGUUCGACUCCAAGUCAUCACUCUGUCGUUUCCUGGGAUACGCCGAACACCAGAAGUCAUAUCGAUUUGAGGAAGUGUCAACAGGAGCGAUCAAGAUCAGUCGCGAUGCCACAUUCAUGGAAGACAAGUUUGAUGAAGGUCCGCGCAACUACAACGAUGAGUCAAGUGUCGUUGAGUUUGAUGAUCAUGAUGAGGACGAAGAAAAAGAAGAAGGUAAAACUGACGACGACAUGGACUCGAGCGACGAUGACAACGAAGACACCAGGUCUUCGAAGAGCAACAUCAAGAGACACACGCGCACUCAAUCACUUGAGAAAGCUACCGUCAUUCAAGUCCCAAGCGAAAGAACAUACAGAGGUCCGUCGCUUGAGCAUGUGUCAGCGGCUGCAAUGGAUUUUGAAGCAGCCUACAUCGUUGAUUCAGUGGGGGAAACGCCGACUACAUUCAAGUCGGCGAUGGAAUCAAGCGACUCCGGCAAGUGGAAAGAAGCGUGUGACUCGGAGUUCGAUUCGCUUCAGAGAAACGACACGUGGGAAAUCGUGCCUCUUCCGAAGGUCGCAAGGCCAUCGGGUGCCGAUGGGUUUUUCGUGUAA